AAUUAAACGCUGCAAUGAAAAUGUAGAAAAAGCGUAACGCGCACAGCACGAACGAACGCGAAGAGUAAAAUGAAGAAGGCGACGAAAAAGAGCGCGGUGUGCGCGACAGAGACGGCGCCAUUACCAGCGAAGCAAUUAGCCAUUUAAAUAUAAAAAGAAGUAUCCAGCUAUCGGGUUUCCACUGUACACACCUCCCUGAGCGGACAUUAAACCGCAAGAGCAGCUCACAAUGGACGCGCUUUGUUGUCGUCGGCGUUAUCAAUUAAAUGUAAAGCGAGCGAGGCGCAUCGCUAACGAAAUGGAAAUGAAAAUGGCAGCCGUGAGAUACGCCACUCACACAGAUACUGCAUACACAGAUACUACUGUAUACCAUGCAUGUGCGUAUGGGUGUGCUGCACACGUUUACAAAAGUUUGUUAUUAUUAUAUUUGCGAUGGCCGGAAAUGCCAAUUGAAGCUACCUUUAACAAAGCCCCAUGAAGAUGCCCGCCCCCGGGGUUAACUACUGAUGGACUGACGGACUGAUGGACUGAUGGACUGACGGACGGACGGUUGGACAGAGUGUGUGCAUGACUCAAGUGUUUUUCAGGGGAGCCACUCGAGCCAAAGUUGAAAAUUGAUUGAUUCCACUAAGCGAAUGGGCCGCGCACAUGGAAAUGGAAGCCAAAACCACUCGAGUGUUCAAGAUAACCUCGAUCAGCUUGUUUUUUAUGGCUCACACAAUAAGCAUCAUCAACAACAACAACAGCAACAGCGGCGGCGACUGCAGGAGCACUCGACGUCAUCAGCAGCACAUUGUGUCCUGGCGAACCGACCCGAAAUAGUCUCCAAGUAUGAACCAAAGUCCGGAGUCCUGGACCAAAGAGACGGAGGCGGAGACGAUGGCCGCAUGCCGAUAAUGUGCGGCCAUAAGGUAAUGAAAAUUUUAUCUGAUUCUGGCAAUAGUUGCACCCUUUCUGCUCUGGCCUUUGAUUUGAUUUCCAAAGAGCAAAGGGUUUGAAUGGAGCUAAGGAAGCUAAGGGUAGAGGAUAGAGAAUAGAGGAUAGAUGUCCCCGAGCCUCGCAAAUGAUACAAUACUUUGUGGUCAGCAUGUGUGUCCAAAAGGUACGAGUAUUGGUCGCAUUUGAUUGAAAUUUGAAUUGCCAAACCCCCCUGUCGCACAAAAGGAUUCGCAUUUGAGUGGGUGUGUGCAUACUUUUAGGGGCAAUCGUUGAGUACGUGCUGCGGCGACAAUAACAAAAACGAAUCCGCAACUGAAACUGAAACUGAAAAUACGAAAAUCCGAGAUGCGCAGAAACGACAAUAAGACCGAGCACUAUUUCAUUUUAGAUUUUAAUCAAUUCCGUUUGAUGUGACACGUUUGUGGGCCGCUUUCAGUGCCCGUCCCCAAAUAUCCCCUCUCCCGCAAGGAAUCUGCAACAUAUGCAGGCAAUCCGCAACACUUGCCGCCUAAUGAAGGUACAAUCAAUCCAGUGUGGAACCCAUCAAAUCAGGAUUGGCUUCAUUAUAUCCAUUAUUGUUCAUAUUUCUCAUUUGAUAACAUUUAGAACAUUUCGUUUUACAGCGAAAUAACUGUUUGGGGGUAAAGUCCUGUUCUAUAAGGUUCAAUGGUGUACAUAAUCGAAAUUAUAUUACUUUAAUAUAUUUGUAUAUCUAUAAAAUAGAAUAGUUAAGCUUCUUGUCCUCCUGGGAACAAUAUAAAGUUUGAAAGUA